GCCCCGGCUCGACACGUCCCUCUUUCGUCCCUCCCCUUCCCUGUGGAGAACCACACUACCGGAGGACACCCAGAGAACUCCUCAUCUCCCAACACUCUGGUCCUAUCCACCGGUCCUGACGCCAGCUCCACCAGCUUGCUCUCACCUCUCCCAUCCCGGGGUCUGAGGGGUUCUGCCCUAGCCGACCCGCCUGGGCUCCUCCACACACACACACACACACCCCCUCCCCCCAGCGCUCCCGUCGGACACAAACCACACCCGCCCGCCGCGACCCGCCUGCUCUCUCCUUUCCUCGUCGAGUACCUGACGCCGACGCUUCCGGAUCACGCUCAGGAUGCCGGAACCCACUAAAAAAGAUGACCAAUCCAAUGGGAAGCCAGGAGAGUGCGUUGUCCCAGAGAGUAACGGUGCACUACCCUUACCUGAGAUAAUCCUGGAGAUCUCACCUCCACCAGAGCCACUAGCAGACGGGGAGCAGCCAGAGGCCAGGGAGGGUGAGCUGCUUCAGGCUGUGGGGCCCCAGGGGCCGGGCCCCGUAGAGGAGGGCUCGGCCGUGGUCAGGGUUAACCCACAGGCUGAGUCUGGUAACCUGGAGGAUGUGGAGGCGGAAUCGUGGUCUCCCCUGGCCGUCGAUAAUGAGGACAAUGGCGUCGGCAGUAACCCCCAGUCUCCGACGCCCCCACCAGAAGACGGAAAUUCAGUCAAGAAACUCUCUAUUGACCUGCCUAAUGAUAGCGUCACUGUGCCAGCAAUGGGGAGGAAAGACUCAGUGUGGUCCCUUGGAGAGGGCCAGGGCCCAGAGGAUCUGGACAAGUCCAUUGACACGCCCCCACUGUCUACACUGCUCAUUGAGAGGCCCCAGGGAGGCUCCGUCGACCUGGGCGCUGACAUUCACUUCAUCGCCAAGGUGGAGGCCAAAGACCUUCUGCGUAAACCCACUGUGAAGUGGUUCAAAGGCAAAUGGAUGGACCUGGCCAGCAAGACCGGGAAGCACCUGCAGCUCAAGGAGACCUUCGACCGGCUCACCAAGAUUCACACCUUUGAGAUGCACAUCAUCAAGGCCAAGGAGAACUACGGAGGGAACUACAGGUGUGAGGUCAACUACAAGGACAAGUUUGACAGCUGCUCCUUCGACCUGGAAGUAAAAGAACCCGAAGCAGGCUCACAGAGUAUUGACAUUCGUUCCGCUUUCAAGAGAAGCAGUGAAGGACAAGAGGAUGCAGGGGAGCUUGAUUUUAGUGGUCUCCUUAAACAUAGACAACAAAGGGAGCACAAGCAGGAGGACGUUCCAGAGGUCGAUGUUUGGGAGAUCCUGAAGAACGCCCGGCCAGACGAGUACGAGAAGAUCGCCUUCACCUACGGCAUCACAGACCUGAGGGGUCUGCUCAAGAGGCUGAAGAAGACAAAGAAGGUGGAGAAGAAGAGCGAGGCAUUUGCCAAGAAGCUAGAUGCAGCCUAUCAGGUGGAUAAAGGAGGAAAGAUCCGCUUUAUGGUGGACCUGGCCGACCCCACGGUUGAAUUGAAAUGGUACAAGAACGGGCAGGAGAUCAGAUCCACUCCAAAUCAAAGGAAGUAUAUCUUUGAGCACAAAGGAACUCAGAGGAUCAUGGUCAUAAACAACUGCUCCAUGCUGGACGAUGCCGCCUACUCAGUCGCCGCCGGCGACGAGAAGUGCACGACUGAACUUUUCGUUAAAGAGUUACCGGUGAAGAUUGUGAAAACCAUUGAAGCCGUGAAAACUACAGUGAACGAGAGGAUUGAGCUGGAGUGUGAGGUGUCGGAGGAAGGCGCCCAAGUGAAAUGGAUGAAAAACGGCGUGGAGGUUCCGACCGGGGUGCGUUCAAGAUACCGCGUGAAGGUGGAGGGCACCAAGCACACUCUGGUCAUCGACGACGCCUCAAAGGACGACACUGGCGUGUACUCCAUCAUGGCCACAGGGGGCACGUCUGAAGCUCGUGUCCAGGUCGACCUGAAACCCUUGAAGAUCUUCCAGGAUCUACAGGACAUUACCCUGAAGCUGGGCGAGCCCCUGAAGAUGCAUUGUGAGAUCUUUCCCGGCAACGUCCCGGGACGUUGGUACCGCAACGGACAGCUGAUCCAGGCCAACGACCGCAUCAACAUCCUGCACAGGGCCAAGAACCACCGCCUGGAGGUUGAGGCGACCUCCCUGCACGACUCCGGGGACUACACCUUUGUCCUCGAGGGGUACUCGCAGAGCCUGUCGGCCAAAGUCCACAUCAUCGAUCCCCCUCGAGUGCACUUGGAAACGUUGAAUUUCCCCGACAACACGGUGACCAUCGUGGCGGGCAACAAGCUGCGUCUGGAGAUCCCCAUCAGCGGAGAACCGGCACCCAGGGUGGUGUGGAUGAAGGGAGAGAGAGUCAUUCUGGAGUCUGGCCACCGCGUGCAUGCCGAAACGUACGGCGACCACACCAGCCUCACCAUCGAGGUGACCGAGCGGGAAGACUCUGGGAACUACAAGAUCGUCCUGCAGAACGAGGCGGGAGAGGACACCGGCAGUGUCAAGGUCAAGGUUGUAGACAUCCCAGACCCUCCAGAAGCACCUCUGGUUCCUGUGGUGGGCGGCGAUUGGUGCUCAAUGACCUGGGACCCGCCAAUCUACGAUGGCAGCUCGCCGAUUUUAGGGUACUUCGUGGAAAGGAAAAAGAAACAGAGCUCCCGGUGGAUGCGGCUGAACUUUGACCUGAUCAAGGAGACGACAUUCGAGCCCAAGAAGAUGAUCGAAGGCGUUCCGUACGAGGUGCGGGUCUUCGCCGUCAAUGCCAUCGGCGUGUCCAAGGCCAGCGAGCCCUCCAAAGCCUUUGUCCCCCUCGCCGUGACCAGUGAGCCUACCAUGUUGGUGGUGGAUGACGUCACAGACGACACAGUGACCAUGAAGUGGCGCCCGCCCGACACCAUCGGCGCCGCUGGCCUUGAUGGCUACCUGGUGGAGUACUGCGUGGAAGGAACUGAUGAGUGGAUACCGGCCAACAAGGGACUGACGGAGAAAACCAAGUACACCAUCACAGGGCUUCCCACCAACGCCAAGAUCUUAGUCCGGGUGAAGGCCGUCAACGCAGCGGGGUGCAGCACUCCACGCACCAUCCAGCACUCAAUCCUGGUCAAAGAAGUCAUCGAGCCUCCCAAGAUCAGAAUUCCCCGGCACUUGAAGCAGACGUACACCCGGAGAGUCGGGGAAGCCGUAAACCUUGUGGUUCCCUUUCUGGGUAAACCCAGGCCCAAGGUCUCCUGGCUGAAGGAGGGCCAGCCCAUCGACCCUACCCACGUCAGCAUCCGCAACACGGAAUGCGACAGCAUCAUCUUCAUCCGCAAAGCCGAGCGCAGUCACUCUGGGAAGUACGAGCUGACGGUGCAGGUGGAGAACCACACCGACACGGCCAUUCUUGACAUCCAGAUUGUUGACUUGCCCGGGCCGCCCCAGGCAGUGACCAUCGAAGAGGUGUGGGGAGAAAACGUGGCCCUGGACUGGAGCCCCCCCAAAGACAUCGGAAACUCCCCCAUAUCCGGCUACACCAUCCAGAAGGCAGACAAGAAGACCAUGGAGUGGUACACGUGUGUUGAGCACUACCACCGCACGUGCAUUACCAUCUCGGACCUGGUGAUCGGCAACGAGUACUUCUUCAGGAUCUACGCCGAGAACAUGUGCGGUCUCAGUGAAAGCGCCACGCAGACCAAGGACUGCGCUCUCAUCGUCAAAGAAGGGGAAUCCCUUCAUGAUACAGCUCAGCGCGCGUAUCAUGUACAACCCCGUUCCUCUACCCUUCCCUCCGCAGGUCUGCAGCUCAGGACCCCCGAGUACAUCGACCACGACUUCAAGGAGCCCCCCCGCUUCACACAACCUCUGAUCAACACCUUCGCCGUGGCCGGCUACAACGCCACCCUCAACUGCAGCGUCCGCGCCAAUCCAAGGCCCAAAGUGAUCUGGAUGAAGAACAAGAUCGCCAUCAUCGACGACCCGCGCUACCGCAUGUUCAGCAACCAGGGGGUGUGCACCCUGGAAGUCAGGAAGCCCAACCCCUACGACGGCGGUCUGUACGCCUGUAAGGCUGUCAAUGACCUGGGGGAGGACCAGGUGGAGUGCAGGCUGGAGGUCAAAGUCCAAACUCAGGAAUUGUGAAUGUAUGUUCUCAUUCAAAGGAGGCUUCACCUUUAUGGAGCUCAUGCAACGCGGGGUCCCCCUCCAUCUCAUCGACAAGUACAUGAACGAGGCCAAGGCGGCGGAGCAGGAGAAGUAGAGUCCGGAUCCAGAGUCCGGAUGGGGAUUGAUUUAUUAAGCUGCCCCUGGACGAAUUUGGGUGGUGGUGGGGGUGGUUACUGACUGAAUGAGGGCGAGACAAUAAAGUGUGUGUGCGUGUGUGUGUGCGUGUGCGUAUGUGUGUGUCCGUCCAUGUGUGUGCUUGUUUGUGCGUGAGCGUAGGUUGCUGAAGCGGGAGUGGUAGGUGUGGUUGUGGGUGGGCGUUCUGCCUUCUGCGUGGCGUGCUGUGUGCGCAAUGGAACUUUAGCUUGCCACCAUAGACAUGUCGAUCCAUUUUAUUUGUCGCCCUCUGGUGUUGAACAGCAGUAUUUCCUGUUUCCGACCAGAUGCAUGCCGUAAGUGUUUUGGUUCUUGCGUUGAACUACAAUGUAUGUAAAAUCUAUAAAUAGACAAAAAAUAAGUGUGUAUUAAAACAAAAGUCCGAAACUAUUGCACUCGCCUAUCCUGUAAUCACAUCGUGUUAUUUAUGGAUUGUUGGCGUUAUUUAAUUAUUAAAAGAUGGAAUUUUGAAAUCUAAGAUUUGGAGGAGAUAUUAAGGCUGUGAAUGUUUGCUGGAGGAAGCGAAGGCCUAGAAUUUGACAUGGUCUUUAAACCAGGUUUCUAUUAGGUAUACAUGUUAACGGUUAUUUUUAUUAUGGUUCUGGGAAUAGGCAUUACAAUAGUACAAUGCCUGAGGAAUAAAUCUAUGGGAAUAAGAGACACAUUGUCCACCUUUUCUGCAUGGUGUUUUAUCAAUUCAUGGUAAAAAAAUCUGGCUAUAUCAUGCGCAUGCACUUGUCUAUGUAAGUACGUUUCAUAGAAUAAAAAUAUAUUGUACCAUGUCUUCCUGUAAUUACAA